AUGAAUUGUUUAACAAAUAAUGAAGAUUAUCCCUUUGAUAAUAAUUAACUGUUGAGUUUCUGUUAUGUAGUUUAUUAUAAAUUAUAUUUUUACAAUAGAGAUUUUAAUUUCAUUUUAUAGAUAACUGCUUUUUUAGCGUUUAUUAUUUAAACUUUGAAUUAUUAAUACAAGAGUUUAGCAGAAUAAGGUUAUAAAGUUUUUGAGAGAGAUAAAUGUUACAAGAUAGAGCAGAGACAAUGGAUAGGUCGAUAUCGCGACUAAUUAAAAAAUCUUAAUGUAUUGCAUGGCAUUUAAGUAAUAGGACAAGAAAGAUAACUUUGGCCUAAUAGUAGAAAUGAUUAAAUUUUCAUGAAAAAGAUGAUGGAGUUUUGGUGUGUCGAUUUUCAUUUGAAUAGGAGCAAAUGGAACUUAGAGUAUCAUAGGUUUUCAAAUGAAUAGUAUGAUCAUUUGGUUUGAGUGGGAUAGAGAAUUAAAGAUUAAUAGGAAUGAGUAAUAAUUUUAAGAGAUUUCUUCAAUAAUUUUUUUAUAUUAGGUUAGACUGCUUACUUGUGUAGGUUUGGUCACCUAAUAUGACUCAAAGAUUUCAAAAUUCAAUUUAAAAAAAAUUAUUUUGGUGCUUUAAAGAAUUCUGGCUAAAAUCCAGGAACAUUUAAAGCAUGAAUAAGAAAAAAAGAAAACAAACGAAUAUUUUUUUUCAAGGAAAGGAACUUACCAAUUAUAAUAUUAAUUAAAAAUUGCCUUCUUUUCAAAUCCAAAAUAUCAGAAUAUAUCAAAAUAUCUGACUAUUUUUUCCAGGAUAUUUUUUCUUUUCUUGAGAAGAUUUUCAAAAUUUCUUAUUUCUAAAAUAUUUUUCUCCAAUCCAUAACAUACAAAUUUAAAUCUUGUAAUUGUCCUAAUUUCUUUAGUAAAAGGGUGAUCUGAACUUAAAAAUUAAGAUAUUCCUAAGAGCGAAAAUAAAACUCAAUCAGGUUUCUCUUCUAAAUGAAUUGAGUGAGUAGAGCUUACAAAUUCCAAGCCAAAAUUCUUCAUUUUACAUUACUUAAUGGUAAAAAUAUUAAGUUAUCUUAAAUAGGUUGACUCUUCUCCAUAAAAUAAAACUUACUGAUGGCCUCAGCGAGCCAAUUAAGCACUUUAAGCAUCUAAAUACCUUCAUGAUUAGACUUGGAAAAAUUAUAGUUCCAAAAGGUAUUUAAUUCAGCAAAAGAAGAUACUGGAUACUUUUCGAAAAAAGAUGA